UCUCACUGAAUCUCACAUUAUAAAUAUCCAAGUUCUUGGUGAUUUUAAUCAUCAGUUAAUCUUUCAUUAAUUAGAACAAAACUUUAGAAUUAUGGGUAAUGCUGAUUUUGAUCAAUAUUCUCAUAAUUAUCAAAAGGUAGAAAUUCCACCACCAAAGCCACUGUUGAAGACACUCAAGUCUAAUGUGAAAGAAACAUUAUUUCCUGAUGACCCCUUUAGGAAAUUCAAGAACCAGCCACUUUCCAAGAAAAUUUCUUUGGGUUUGCAGUAUUUUGUGCCAAUACUAGAUUGGGCUCCUCGUUAUAACUUUCAGUUUCUUAAAGCUGAUGUUAUUGCUGGAAUCACAAUUGCUAGUCUUGCUGUUCCUCAAGGAAUCAGCUAUGCUGGCUUGGCUAACUUGCCUCCAGUUAUUGGACUUUAUUCAAGCUUUGUGCCACCAAUGAUAUAUGCCAUGUUGGGAAGUUCGAAGCAUUUGGCAAUAGGGAAUUCGGCGGUUCCAUCACUUCUCAUUUCUGCAAUGCUUGGGAAAGUAGUUAAUCCUCACGAAAAUCCCAAGCUUUAUCUACAGUUGGUAUUCACUGCUACUUUCUUUGCUGGAGUUUUCCAAGCUUCAUUAGGCUUGUUAAGGCUAGGAUUUAUAGUGGACUUUCUGUCGCAAGCAACAAUAUUAGGGUUCAUGGGUGGAGCAGCCACUGUUGUGUGCUUACAGCAACUCAAAGGAAUACUUGGACUCGUUCAUUUCACCCAUCAAACUGAUAUUGUCAGUGUCAUGUGCUCUAUCUUCAGCCAAAUGCACCAGUGGAGAUGGGAAAGUGGAGUCCUCGGUUGCUGUUUCCUCUUCUUCCUCUUGCUAACCAGAUAUUUUAGCAAAAAGAAGCCAGCUUUCUUUUGGAUAAGUUGUAUGGCGCCUCUAACAUCAGUGAUUUUGGGAAGUCUUCUUGUUUAUUUCACCCAUGCUGAAAAAAAUGGCGUUCAAGUGAUUGGGCACUUGAAAAAGGGGAUAAAUCCACCAUCGUAUUCUGAACUGGCAUUUAGCUCACAGUAUCUUACAGCUGCCAUUAAGACUGGGAUCGUCACUGGUGUCAUCGCCUUGGCUGAAGGAAUAGCAGUAGGAAGGAGUUUCGCCAUACUGGAGAACUAUGAUGUUGAUGGAAACAAAGAAAUGAUCGCCUUUGGCCUGAUGAAUAUUGCUGGUUCUUGCACCUCUUGCUACUUAACAACAGGACCAUUCUCACGAACGGCGGUGAAUUUCAAUGCAGGAUGUAAGACAACAGUGUCCAACAUAGUAAUGGCAACAGCAGUGAUGAUAACAUUGUUAUUGCUUACACCAUUGUUCUAUUACACACCCCUUGUUGUUCUGUCCUCCAUUAUAAUUUCAGCCAUGCUAGGCAUAAUUGACUACAAUGCUGCUAUCCACCUUUGGAAAGUUGACAAAUACGAUUUCCUCGUAUGCAUUAGUUCUUACAUUGGAGUUGUCUUUGGUAGUGUUGAAGUUGGCCUAAUAGUCGCGGUGGCAAUGUCCUUACUUAGGAUACUUCUCUUUGUAGCAAGGCCUAAAACAUUUGUUUUAGGUAAAAUACCUAAUUCAACGACCUAUAGAAGCACUGAACAAUAUUCAGCAGCAAGCAGUGUUCCUGGAGUUCUCAUCAUUCACAUUGAUGCCCCCAUCUAUUUUGCAAAUGCAAGUUAUUUGAGGGAAAGAAUAUCAAGAUGGAUAGAUGAAGAAGACGAGAAGCAAAGAACAUCAACAGAGAUUGAGCUGCAAUAUGUCAUAUUGGAUAUGAGUGCUGUUGGAAACAUUGAUACAAGUGGAAUUAGUAUGCUUGAGGAAGUGAAGAGAAAUGCCGAUAGACGAUGCCUUAAGGUUUUAUUGGCAAAUCCGGGAGGGGAGGUGAUGAAGAAGCUGGACAAGUCAAAUUUCAUUGACACAAUUGGCAAAGAAUGGAUCUAUUUAACAGUUGGUGAAGCUGUAAAUGCAUGCAAUUAUAUUCUUCACACUUGCAAGUUCCAAUCCAAGAGAAUUGAUUCUUCAGCAACUCCAGAUGAUAACGUAUAAUGAUCCCAUUAAAAUAAUAUAAGUGUAUUAGUAUUAAUUAAUUAAUUAAUUUCUCUUUACUGUUUCACCAAGUGAAACAUCUUACAGCUUGUUUAUUUACCCUAAUGCAAUUUUGUAAAAUUCAUAUAUCUGUACUAAGUUAUUGGAAGUUGCUUUAAUAUUCCA